AGUCCCCUAACCCAGGGAUUGAGGACAAAAGUUAAACCAAACCCCAACUCCAAGCCCUUCGAUUGAAGCCCCAACUUCCCAAACCCUAAUCCUGCAAAUAAUUUCUCAUUGUUCCUAAUUUUUUAAACCUUCAAGAGAAAAAAAGGAGCUAAAAUAUUUGAAUUGUCGAAAGAAGAAAUGGAUUUCGACGAGUACGAGUAUUUGGAAAAGACCGUCGAGGAGCAGGAAGAUCCGAAGAAGAAGAAAGACGGAGGGUCGGGAGAGAAGAGUGAAAGAAGCUACAGGAAGAGAGGAGAGAGAAGAGAGGAUGGUGAUGAAAUCAAGAGCAGCAGAAAGAAAUCGAGAGGCAGCCGCGACGAGGACGACGAGGAGAGGCGAGAUCGUGAUAAGGAACGCCAUAGAAGGAGCCGCGAUGAGGACGGUGAGGAGAGGCGAGACCGUGAUAAGGAACGCCAUAGAAGCAGCCGCGAUAGGGAGAGAGAGAAGGAUAGGGACCCAGAGAGGAGCAGUAGAGAGAGGGAAAUGGAAAGGGGGAGAGAGAGGAGAGAUAGGGAUAAGGAGAAAGAGAAGGAUAGGGAGAGGAGGGAAAGGGAAAGGGAAAGGGAGGAAGAAAGGAGAGAGAGAAGCAGUAGCAGGUCGAGAAGGCACGAAAGGGAGGAAGAACGGGAGAGGGAGAGGGAGAGGAGAGAGAGAAGCAGUAGCAGGUCAAGAAGGCACGAGAGUGAUCGUGAACGAGACAGGGAACGUGAAAUUGACACCAGAGACAGCAGGAGAUUUAAAGAUAAGAAAGAAGUAGUGGAGCCCGAAGCUGAUCCUGAGAGAGACCAGAGAACUGUUUUUGCUUACCAGAUGCCUCUAAAAGCAACUGAGAGAGAUGUCUAUGAAUUCUUCUCAAAAGCGGGCAAGGUGAGGGAUGUUCGGUUGAUUAUGGAUAGGAAUUCAAGACGAUCAAAGGGAGUUGGGUAUAUUGAGUUUUAUGAUGUGAUGUCUGUGCCCAUGGCCAUAGCAUUAUCUGGUCAGCUUCUUCUUGGUCAACCUGUGAUGGUUAAACCUUCAGAGGCUGAAAAGAAUCUUGUUCAGUCAAAUACUUCAGGUGCAGGUGCUGGUAGUGUUGCUGGGCCAUAUGGGGCUGUUGAUAGAAAAUUGUAUGUUGGAAACUUGCACUUCAAUAUGACAGAAAUGCAGCUUAGACAGAUAUUUGAACCUUUUGGUCCCGUGGAGCUUGUACAACUACCACUUGACCUUGAAACUGGGCAGUGCAAAGGUUUUGGGUUUGUUCAGUUUGCUCAACUUGAACAUGCAAAAGCAGCUCAAGGUGCAUUGAAUGGCAAACUGGAAAUUGCUGGUCGAACCAUUAAGGUUUCAUCUGUUACUGAUCAUGUUGGCACCCAAGAUCCUGCAGCAAAAUCUGCUGACUUUGAUGAUGAUGAGGGUGCUGGUUUGGCUUUGAAUGCUCAAUCAAGAGCAUUGCUUAUGCAGAAACUGGAUCGCUCUGGUAUUGCCACAAGUAUUACGAGCUCCCUUGGAGUACCCCUUCUUAAUGGGUCAGCUCCUAAUCCACACGCUGUUACGCUACCUGUCAAUGGCCAAGCUGCAUAUCCAGCACCAGUUCUUCCUCCAAUCAUGUGUGCUACACCCCUUGAUCCUAUUGGACAACCCAGUGAGUGUUUGUUGUUGAAGAAUAUGUUUGAUCCUGCAACUGAGACUGAACCUGAUUUUGAUAUGGAAAUUAAAGAGGAUGUAGAAGAAGAAUGCAGCAAAUAUGGCAGGGUGAAGCAUAUAUAUGUGGACAAAAACAGCGCUGGCUGUGUCUAUCUUCGAUUUGAUUCCGUAGCAGCAGCAGGUAAUGCUCAACGUGCCAUGCACAUGAGAUGGUUUGCAGGUCGCUCAAUAGCAGCCUUAUUCAUGCAACCCCACGAGUAUGGAGCGAGGUUUAAAGAAUGAAGUCGGAGAAUUCCAGGAAGAUUUCUCAAUGUGGAUGGGUGGUAGGUUUUUAUUUUGUCAACUCUGUUUCUAUAUCCAUACACAACUGGCCUCAAUGUAAGAUUAUAUCUACACUCAUUUGCACUAUGAACCUGAUGUGCCUUGUGGUUUGGUCAAAUUUAGUAGUGUACUGUUAGCAAUCUCGGUUUUCUGUUGUCGAAUUCGUAAAUGUCUUUACGAUCGAGGAUCGAGCUAGGAUAGGCGUGUAAUUGUGUCGAUUUGAGCCUGAUUUUUCUAAUCAAGAUAAUUAUUGAAUUGUUAA